AUGAACGAUUCAGCUUUACGAGAUAUUAUUCCAUCGGAUAAUAUCGAGUCUUUAGAGAAAAUACGACAAAAACAAUGUUCAAGCAUAUGCAAAGUCUUUAUAUUCGCAAUUUUUUUGGGAUUCAUUUCUAUUGGAAUUGUUUCACUAGUAUUGAUUCUUGCAUAUUCAAGUAGAUUGCUUGCAACUCUUUUUAUACAAUCUUCUACAGUACAUGUCUUACCAUUAUUAAAUGAAACUCUAGUUUUAAACUAUCACCAACAAAGCCGAUUAGAUUCAAGUGAGAUAUCGAAUGGCCCUAAGUUAAAACAAGAAACGUUUAUGCCACCAAGUAAAAAUGAACCCAUUCAAAUAUCAACACCAACAAUUAAAAUAGAAGAGAAAAAUGAAAAUUUAUCAACAAGUACACAAUCAAUGAAAUCCUAUCGAUCAUCAAAUACCAUGAUAAAAAAACUAUCGACUUCGUUAUAUAUUCAAACAGAAACACCUUAUCGAGAAUCAAUUAUUUCAUCACCUACAACAGUUAAAAUUCAACAAUAUGUUGGCACAUCACAAGACAAUAGGCUGAUGACUGAUGAGUUUCCUGCUUCGACAUCUACUCCUGAAGUCUUGGAUCACGAUCAUGAAAUGCCACCAGUACACAAAUCGAUUUACAAUCAUCGACAAGUCAAAAUAGAAAAACGACAAUAUUAA